CACGAUCCUUGCAUGAAGCAUCCCAAAUAUAGUCUUGGCAACACGAGCGAUCCCUGUUUUUUCUUCUGUUACCGCAAUAGUAUGAUUACCUGAGAUUGGAUGCCGCGCUUUCCUUCUGUCGGCGUCUUCAAUUUGUCAAGGCGCCAUGUCCAUCUCCACGUACCCGGCACCAGGUGUUUCAUAUCUGGGUUUGGCAGACGAGGCUAUUCGAAACCAAGUUUUCCAUCUAUCCGCUUCUAUUCUCAAAAAUGACCACAGAACGUAUAAAGGUUCGCCUGCUCACUCUCUAGACUCACCUCCUCACCCCGACUCGGCCUGCACAUGCUCAGAACUCAUCUCACUGCCCUCGAGACCAGCGCCCGUCGCUGCCCACGGGCGACCGUUUUCAAGCUUCCGCGAUCAGACUCCCCGAGCAAUCAUGCCCAAGACUGGCAUUCCAUUACAUAUCGCCAAUUCCACUCGGACGUUGAAUCAUCUGCCCGAUACUGGUCCUUCGUGCUAGCAGAGAAUGGUGUUUCUGCGGGGUCAGUCGUCGGCUUGUGGAUCGGUGGCUAUACUUACAGCGACGUGCUCAACAUCUACGGGAUUUCCAGAGCUGGCUUCAUUCCGCAGUUAUUCUCUCUCCGUCUUCCCUCGGCCGAGGUCAUCUUCGAGCUCCUUACCCAGUCAAAUGCCAAAGCGGUCAUCUACGAGACGGCGUUCGCCGGAGCGCUGCGCGAGAGCCCGGUGCCAGCUUUCAUGGCCGCAUCGCCCGAAGAUCUGUGCGGUGCGGCAGAGUACUCCCUUUGUGCGCUGGUGCCUUGCUCGUAUCGGUGGCUGGAUAGUGCUGCAAUCAAAUCCAGCGAAAUCAACGUGCCCCGCAGUCCGGACCGUCAAGAUGUCACUGUGUGGAUGGGAAGCAUGUGUCAUAUCGGGCAGACGUUCAUGCUAAUUGGCAGCUUACAACACGGCUCGUGUGUUAUCCAGCCAACCCAGAUUGGAUUCUCUGCCGAGGAGCUUUGCGCCAUGGUCCACCGAUGCGGACUUAAUCGCCUGAACCAGUUCGCUGCGUUCUUGGCCAGCCACCUGCGAGCCUCCCGCACCGAUCCCAAGCUUCUCUCGCUACUCUGCGGUCUCGACGAGGUCCUUUACAGCGGAAUGCCUUUGCCUCGAGAGGAAGAAGAGUGGGCGUAUCGCAGCGGCAUCAAGCUACGCAACUUAUUUGGGAGCACCGAAGCGGGCGCCACCCUCAGAUCAGUCGGUGGCACAGAAAGCACCGCGGCUUUGCUCCAGCCUUUGCAGGGAACGUCCUAUCGGUUCAUCCCUGUGACUGAAGGUGGCGCAUCUGCCUAUCAGUCCACUGCCCGCUUGGUCGAGUUUGUUAUCUCGGCCGAUUCCCCUGACUGUCCUCAUCCGUCCUUGCGCAACCAAGACGGGCAUUUCCACACGGGAGAUCUCUUCCAGGAAGUCGCGCCAGGCAAAUACAUCUCCAAAGGCCGGGCAGACGAUUGGAUCAAGUCGGAAAACAGCCUCAGAUGCGAUACCAAGUCCAUCGAGGACAAUGCAAGAAUGCAAUGUGGGCCGCUAAUCAGCGAAUGCGUCGUUGUCGGCUCGGGUCGGCCAUCCCCAGUCCUCUUCGUCGAACCUGGCACCGACAUGGACUCGGAGAAACUAAAAAAGGAGAUCAUCCGCAAGACGCGCCAGUUCCAUUCUCGCCGCUAUCUGCAUGAACGCAUCACCUCCACGGACAAGAUUGUGGUCGUCCCUCCCAAAACACUUCCGCGCACACUCACCAAGGGAAAUAUCCGUCGCAUGGCUGUCGAAGAGACUUUCAAGGCUCUUCUCGACGAAAUACACGCUCCCUGAUUAGGAACAUUUAAACGUGUAACAUAGAACUCCUGUCUUAUUAGUUAAUUAGAUGUAGCGUACUCAAGACAAUGCACACUGAAGCCCCUCGGGCCCAAUUCAGAGCUGGAUAAUCUGGGAUCUCCCCGGCUGCCGUAAAAAGGCUGUCAGUCCACCCGUGCCAGCGUUCUGUUGAGCGUCGGGGGAUUCAUCACCAUGAAAAGGCGGUCUCGGAGUCGCGAGUAAGCCGACAUGGUGGGUCAUGGGAAGAAUAACACUAGCAUUGGAAUCGGAGAAAGAUGGAUAAACUGGAAGAUGCUGCUUGUAGACUUUCUGAUCGUUGUCAGAAAGGGCGAGGCCCCAGUUCGUCAGAAUGGUGAUCGGUCGAUGAGUAACUCGAAAGGAUUGAAGCGCACUCAGUGCAUAAUGUAAAGGCAGCACGCUACUCGCCGAAUUUGGCAACUGCUCUCUUGUGAAGCGGUCAGCCCAGUAGAACGCGCUCAGAGAAUCAAUGGCGACCAUCCCAAUCUCGAGCUCAGGCAUCCGGGUUUGUGAUAAGUCGGAAGAUUGAGAAUGGACGCGGCAAGUUGACUAGUUGAUCCUGGACGAAAUAUGUGCAGGCUGCGCAAAGCACGCUGAACUAGAGCCCCGUCGAAGUCGCCCUGCAACAGCACAUCGUGGAACUGUUUCGCGUCAAACGUUCCAUCGAGAUCGUACAGCACCGCGGCUUUCUUCCAAACGAUGAGGCAUGUUACGAGGCAUUUGGCUAGGACCUGGCUUUUGCCGGAACCUGAUGGCCCUUGGAUCUCGAGCACAUCACCUGGGUGCACUCCAAGAAUGUCUCCGAGGGCGUCCAAAUGCGAGGGCUGUUUCUCGGGGCGUGCCGCAGAGAGAAGCUAGUUUGAGUGGUCAGAAGACCGAGUGUGUGUGACGCAGGG